UUCUCGACGGCACGCAUGCGUCCUCAGCGUCUUAAGAAGUGAGCACCACCGCAGAUCUGCUACAUUCGCCUUCCGGCCUAACCAUGGACACGACCACCGGUGCCAACGGGUGCGAAAACUAUCCGAAACUUAAAGUGGCCAUCGUCGGAGGAGGACUUGUCGGUACCCUGAGCGCGUCAUUCUUUGCAAAGAGAGGUCAUGAGGUGCACUUGUAUGAGCUUCGACCCGACAUUCGCCACUUGGAACACGUCCCUGGCCGGUCUAUCAACUUGGCCCUCUCGAUUCGCGGCAGGGCAGCCCUGAAGGAGGUGGGCAUCGAGGAGCAGGUGGUUCAGCGCCACGGAAUCCCGAUGUUCGCUCGCAUGAUCCACAACCUUGACGGCACCACAAAACCGAUUCCGUACGGCAAAAAAGAUCAGUGCAUCUACUCGGUGGGCAGGCGCUUCCUGAACGAGGCUUUGUUGACAGCCGCUGAAAAAUACUCCAACGUGCAUUGUCACUUUAACGAGAAACUGGUGUCGGCAAACUUGAACCAGGGAAAAAUGACAUUCGAGAGGCAACCAAACAAGGAAGUCCACAAUGUGGAGGCGCAGCUGGUUGUUGGUGCGGACGGCGCCUUUUCCUCCGUGCGCCGCCAAAUGAUGAAGCAACCCCUGUUCGACUUCAGCCAAACAUACAUUCCCCACGGCUACCUUGAGCUCUGCAUUCCGCCCCUGUCAGACGGUUCGCACGCCAUGCCCAAGAACUAUCUGCACAUCUGGCCGCGCGGACGCUUCAUGAUGAUCGCCCUGCCCAACCAGGAUGGUUCCUGGACGGUCACCCUGUUCAUGCCCUUCGAGGAGUUUGGCAAACUGAGCACGCCGGAGAAACUGCUCGACUUCUUCCAGCAGUACUACCCGGACGCUCUGCCACUGAUUGGAAAGGAGAAACUUGUGUCCGAUUAUUUUGCCUACAAACCAUCGCCCCUUGUGUCCGUCAAGUGCGGUCCGUACAACAUCGGCGACACGGCCAUCAUCAUCGGAGACGCUGCCCACGCCAUGGUGCCCUUCUACGGGCAGGGCAUGAAUGCGGGCUUUGAAGACUGCCGUUUGCUGGACGCGGUGCUACUCAAACACAAUUUCGACCUAGGACCUGCCUUGAUUGAGUUCUCAAAGACCCGAAGACCAGACGCUGAAGCGAUUUGCAAUUUGGCCAUGUACAACUACGUUGAGAUGCGUGAUCUCGUAAACCGAAAGACAUUCCUCAUCAGGAAGCACUUCGACAACCUCCUGCACACCCUGAUGCCCGACCUGUGGAUCCCCCUCUACACUUCGGUCACUUUCUCUCACAUGCCAUACGCCCAGUGCAUCAAAAACAAAGAGUGGCAGGAUAAGAUGGUUGACCGAUUUUUGUCCACGAUGGCAGCUGUGGUGGUGGCCAUGAUAGCCUACUUUGUUUACUCGUUUGCUUUUUAAAUAUUCCAAUUUGAAUCUCACAAAAAUUAUAAGUUUUUUGAUAAAUUAAAGUGCCGAUUUCUUAAGA